GCGCUGAGGACAUCCCGGUGAGAAGGGCUGCGGGUAAGGUGGGCAGGCACUCCAGCAUAGGACUUGGAGGUCUGUGUUGGUGCAGACGCUGCGGUGAGGGAGCUGUGACGAGCGCGGGAAGCCAUCCAGCAGAGUGGCGGUCUGUGCGCCGGGUGCCGCGGUGUCUCCAGUGUGGAGGACUGGAGAGACCGCCUCCAGCCGCCUGUGAACCGAGAUUUGGAUGUUCUUGGCUUUUGGGGUCCCUGCGUUUCGCCUCUCCCCGCCGCUCGGCCCCGCCCCGUCUCGUCCGGGUCGGCGGGUGCGGUACAGCCGCUGUGCUUGGUGGAGUCAUGGCAGUGCCUUUUGUGGAAGACUGGGAUUUGGUACAAACCCUGGGAGAAGGUGCCUAUGGAGAAGUUCAACUUGCUGUGAAUAGAAGAACUGAAGAAGCAGUUGCUGUGAAGAUUGUAGACAUGAAGCGUGCCAUAGACUGUCCAGAAAAUAUUAAGAAAGAGAUCUGCAUCAACAAAAUGUUAAAUCAUGAGAAUGUGGUGAAAUUCUAUGGCCACAGGAGGGAAGGCAAUAUCCAGUAUCUAUUUCUGGAGUACUGUAGUGGAGGAGAACUUUUUGAUAGAAUAGAGCCAGACAUAGGCAUGCCUGAACAAGAUGCUCAGAGGUUCUUCCAUCAACUCAUGGCAGGAGUGGUUUAUCUGCAUAGCAUUGGAAUAACUCACAGGGAUAUUAAACCAGAAAACCUCCUCUUAGAUGAAAGGGAUAACCUCAAAAUUUCUGACUUUGGUUUGGCCACGGUGUUUCGGCAUAAUAAUCGUGAGCGCUUGUUGAACAAGAUGUGUGGUACUUUACCUUAUGUUGCUCCAGAACUUUUAAAGAGAAAAGAAUUUCAUGCAGAACCAGUUGAUGUUUGGUCCUGUGGAAUAGUACUUACUGCAAUGUUGGCUGGAGAAUUACCAUGGGACCAGCCCAGUGAGAGCUGUCAAGAAUAUUGUGAUUGGAAAGACAAAAAAACAUACCUCAACCCUUGGAAAAAAAUUGAUUCUGCUCCUCUGGCUUUGCUUCAUAAAAUUCUAGUUGAAAAUCCAUCAGCAAGGAUUACUAUCCUGGACAUCAAAAAGGAUAGAUGGUAUAACAAACCACUUAAGAAAGGAGCAAAGAGGCCCCAAGUGACUUCAGGUGGUAUGUCAGAGUCUUCUAGUGGAUUCUCCAAGCACAUUCAUUCUAAUUUGGAUUUUUCUCCAGUAAAUAGUGCUUCUAGUGAAGAAAAUGUGAAGUUUUCUAGUUCCCAGCCAGAACCACGGACAGGUCUUUCCUUGUGGGAUACCAGUCCUUCAUACAUCGACAAACUGGUACAAGGGAUCAGCUUUUCACAACCUACAUGUCCUGAUCAUAUGCUUGUGAAUAGUCAGUUGCUUGGUACCCCUGGAUCCUCACAGAACCCCUGGCAGCGCUUGGUCAAAAGAAUGACACGAUUCUUUACCAAAUUGGAUGCAGACAAAUCUUAUCAGUGCCUGAAAGAGACUUGUGAGAAGUUGGGCUAUCAGUGGAAGAAGAGUUGUAUGAAUCAGGUUACUGUAUCAACAACUGAUAGAAGAAACAAUAAGUUGAUUUUCAAAAUAAAUUUGGUAGAAAUGGAUGAGAAGAUACUGGUUGACUUCCGGCUUUCUAAGGGUGAUGGAUUAGAGUUCAAGAGACACUUCCUGAAGAUUAAAGGGAAGCUCAGUGAUGUUGUGAGCAGCCAGAAAGUUUGGUUUCCUGCCACAUGAUCCAGCCUUCAGCUCUGGGGAUUCUUGGUGAAUAUAGUGCUGCUAUGUUGAUAUUAUUCUUCCUAGAGAAGAUGAUCCUAUUCUGCAAACUGCAAACAGUAGUUCCUGAAGAGUUCUCUUCUUUAUCCAGAUAGCUUCCAAUUCUUUGUAUGUUUAGCAUACAAAUAAUACUUUAUCUUAACUGUAAGUGAUACUUUGGGGAAGGGAUGGAGCAGAAUCAUUAGAUAUUCUUCAGCUGUGUUUAAUUGUCUUAAUUUGAAACCUAUCUGGUAGAACCCAAAUUUGGGGUACAUGAGUUUGACAGCUUUAAUACCAAUAUAAUGUCACUUAAAAAAAAAAUAGAACAUUUUGUUUCACCCAAACAUACAUAUUCUCUGCUUAUCCAAUUGUAAAGAUGAUUGAGCAAAAACCUUGUGAUUUUGGACAGUAGAUAAAACUUUUUGAAAUAUAAUGAUUAAAAUCACAAAUAGGGAUUUUUUUGUUUUUUCUGGUGUAGCUAGUAAAAUAUAAAACACCAUUGGUCUUUUAAGAGGUCGAGUGUAAACUCUAGUGCUUAACUGACUUUUCUCUAAAAAUUACUGUUGCACAUCUUAAGUAUUUUUCAAUAUUAUUUUCUCAUUCACAGCCAUAUUUUAAUUUUUUUACUAUAGAAAUAAAUUCUGUUUUGAAAAUAAAAUCUAA